AUGGACAUUGUGAUAGUCAAAUUGCUCCUGCUCUCACUGGCGUAUGUCAGCGGUCAAUAUCGCUACAAAUGCCCGGCGAUAGGUCACCACCUAUUACCGCAUGAAACGGAUUGCUCCAAGUUCUAUUACUGCGAAUAUGGCGUGAGGCGUAAUGACGCGAGACAGUGUCCGGCAGGAACUCUGUUCUCCUAUGAAAUACAGGUUUGCGAUCACGCGCAUAACGUCAAAUGCAACACUGGUCCCACUUCUCCAUGUACUGAAGAACCACCUUGCGAUUGCUCCAAGCAACCAAUACUGCCCAAUGGAUGUCCUUGUGACCACAGCAUUCAAUUACGAUUGCGUCACGAAUCUGACUGUGAGAAAUACUAUCAAUGUGACCAAGGCAAGAGAGUCUUAAGAGAGUGUGCCCCUGGGACUCACUUUAAUGCCAAAUUGCAGAUAUGCGAUCAUCCUUCUAAAGCUGGCUGUGACCCUUCUUGUAUUACCACUACUACUACUACAACAACUACUGAGACACCAAGUUGCGAUUGCAAAAAUCAACCAAUAUUGCCAAAUGGAUGUCCUUGUGACCAUAGCAUUCGGUUGCUUUUACCUCAUGAAUCUGACUGUGCUAGAUUCUAUGAGUGUGAUAAUGGCGAGAGAGUCAUAAGACAGUGUGCCCCUGGGACUCACUUUAAUGCUAAACUACAGGAAUGCGAUCAUCCUUCUAAAGCUGGUUGUGACCCUUCUUGUGUUACCACAACUACUGAGAAACCAGCUUGCGAUUGCACAAGUCAACCAAUAUUGCCUAAUGGAUGUCCUUGUGACCACAGCAUUUCCUUGCUAUUGCGCCAUGAAUCUGACUGUGAGAAAUACUAUCAAUGUGACCAAGGCAAGAGAGUCUUAAGAGAGUGUGCCCCUGGGACUCACUUUAAUGCCAAAUUGCAGGUAUGCGAUCAUCCUUCUAAAGCUGGCUGCGACCCUUCCUGCGUUACCACUACUACUACAACAACAACUACUGAACAACCAGCUUGCGAUUGCUCCAAUCAACCGAUAUUGCCAAAUGGAUGUCCUUGUGACCAUAAGAUUCACUUGCUGUUGCCUCACGAAUCUGACUGUGAAAAAUUCUAUCAAUGUGAUAAAGGCGAUAGAGUAUUAAGACAGUGUGCCCCUGGGACUCACUUUAAUGCUAAAUUACAGGUAUGCGACCAUCCCUCCAAAGCUGGCUGCGAUCCUUCUUGUGUUACCACUACCACUACAACUACUGAGAAACCAGCCUGCGAUUGCUCCAAUCAACCGAUAUUGCCAAAUGGAUGUCCUUGUGACCAUAAGAUUCACUUGCUGUUGCCUCACGAAUCUGACUGUGAGAAAUACUAUCAAUGUGAUAAAGGCGAUAGAGUAUUAAGACAGUGUGCCCCUGGGACUCACUUUAAUGCUAAAUUGCAGGUAUGCGAUCAUCCUUCUAAAGCUGGCUGCGACCCUUCUUGUGUUACCACUACUACUACAACAACAACUACUGAGAAACCAGCUUGCGAUUGCAUCAAUCAACCAAUAUUGCCAAAUGGAUGCCCUUGUGACCAUAGCAUUCGGUUGCUGUUACCGCAUGAAUCUGACUGUGCUAGAUUCUAUCAGUGUGAUCAGGGCGAGAGAGUCUUAAAAGAAUGUGCAUAUGGGAAUCAUUUUAAUGCUAAAUUGCAGAUUUGCGAACACCCUUCAAAGGCUGGUUGUGAUCCGUGCAUAGUUUCUAACAAAUGUGUAGAAUGUCAUGUACCACACUGGGCCCACGAGACUGAAUGCGACAAAUUCUACAGUUGUUCCAAUGGCGAGGAGGUGCUGCACACGUGUCCUGCCGGUCUUAAUUUCAACGAGGCUCUGCAGACGUGCGAUUUUACUUGCAACGUCAGUUGUCGGAAUAGAUCUAGGCUAUUUUUCUUAGACUUUGCGCGUAAACGGCGGUAA